AAUUCUGCCUGUUAAAAGUGUUAUAAAUAAUAGCAGAUAUAAUCAUUGACUGCUUGAUUUGCUAGUGGUGUAUUAAAGUCGGUAGUAUUUUGGUUAACAGACUUUUAUGCACUGUGUGGUUUUAACUGAACUAAUUUUUAUUUUGUAUCGUUAUUUAUUUUUUUCUUGAUUUAUUUUUUUGAGAGAUGAAUUUUGUAAUUGAGAGAGAAUAAAAAUUUGAGGCGAGAAUUAGGAGAAAAAAAUAGAGUGCAUUUCUGGUGAAAAGGUUGUAGUUAUGAAUGAAUGAAGAAAUUUAUUGGUUAUUAAACCUCAGAUAGAGAUAUAGACGGGAAGGAGUGGUUUGUUCACCAGUGGAACACUGAACUACUGUCAUUAAAUAUGGAUUACAUCGCUGUGCUUACAGAAAAAGUACAACAGUACAGUAAAAGUCAGCUGUAACAGACAGCCGAGGGGGAAUAGAAAUUGUUUAUUUAGAUAAUUAUGCCAGGUCAGAAUACAUUGACAGAUGUCUCAAUAUUUAUGAAUGGCGAGCAGACGGAGGAAAUAAACAGAACCACUAGGGCUGAGAAUAAACUUCUGAUGAGUGGGGAUAUUAAUUAUUAUUUAUGUGGGAAUUUGAAAUUGCAGAAAAUGUCGCAGAAUAGGCAUGAAAUAAACGGCGAUGUGAUGGACAAAGGAUAUUUUUCCGGUUUUAUGAAAUUUAAGGAAAUGCAGGAAAACGGACAUGUUUGGAAUAAAAAUGGAUUUUCCGGGAAAUAUUUUGCAAGUGAUGAAGAAAAUAAUGCGGAUAUUGAGCAAAAAUAUUUCAUAGAAAACGAUUUAAGGAGUCGUGAGCGAUUUAAGACCGAGGCUGAUAUUAGAGAAAUGUCGAACAAUGUGAAAAAUCGGGUUUGGAAAGUUUCUGAAACAAAUUCUAAAAAUCGUGGUGCGGAAUCAGCGAGAGAUAUAUUCAACUUACAAGGGCGGCAUUUUGACAUGUACGACUAUGCUGGUCAAGCGAGACCAAAACCUGAAAUGACCCGAUCUUUAUCGUAUAACGUAAAUGGACAGGAAAUCGGGUCACGGUACACACCUCAAAAACAUAGGUCAUAUUCCGAAUAUAGCUCAUAUCAUAAGGAGGAUGCGAGAAUCAUGGGCUCUGUGAAAGAGGAAGGGGCGAUAAAUCUGAGCAAAGAGUCACGGAAACAUGACACAAGCCUUUCCCCGACACUGACACAUCAUGAUAAUAUGGACGCCAAUACUCAGGGACCAUCUUCACCUCAGAGCGACUCUAGAUUCACCCCAAGCUCAGCAGGACUGGGCAGCAAGGGGAGCAAACUCCGUACAAGCAGCGAGAGCGCAAGCGACUCACUGGGGAGCCCAACGGGGUCCUCUCCCCACCCGGCGCUACUCUCGAUGGCAAUGCAGCAUGGGCAUAUUCCCCAGCAGUUACAACAGAUGUUGCUGGUGCAGGGGGCGGCGGCAUUGGGCGGUGGUAUCCCCCCACACAUGCAACAACUGAUGCAGGCUCAACAGUCCGUUGUCAUGCAACAGCAGCAGAAAGCUUUUGAGAGCGCCCUGGUACAGUUGAACGAACAACUCCAGAUGAACCUCGUACAACAAGCGCACUUGUUACAGGAGAAGAAGACAAACGGCAAGCAGACGCAGCAACAACUGCAGCAGCUCGGCGUGCAGCAGCAGACGAUCAACUCCCAGAUACAGCAGUUACAAGUACAGCAGCGGCAAAUGCUCCUUGCCUGCCUCAUGCAGCCAUUUUCUCAAGGAGGUGAAGGUCAAGGAUACCCAUGGAAGGACUUGGGCUCUCCGGGCGACAGCGAGGACAUGAAGCCCGGACUGAAUGGGUUUAAUGGGCUAGGAUUGCUGAACGGGGCCCCAGGGUUUGGAGUUAACCCCUUGCUGCAGGCUCCAUUGAUGGGCGUAAACGGGCUUUCUCCAGACGCGUUCCCUUUUGGUGGUAGGUGUCUGCACGAGCAAUAUUCCAGUGGUCGAAAUAACCGCAUACUGGAAGGCCCUGCACUGGGAUCGCUGCUUGGUACAGGGUCUGCGGGAGCGAAGAGCGAGGAGUGCGGGAACCCUCUCUAUAAACACGGCGUGUGUAAAUGGCCGGGUUGUGACACGAGUUGCCUCGACAUGAAAGCUUUCAACAAGCAUUUGAGCAUGGAGCACACAAUUGAUGACAAAAACACAGCACAGGCGAGGGUACAGAUGCAGAUUGUGUCGCAGCUCGAAAUUCAGUUGAGUCGUGAAAAAGAGUUGUUGACAGCAAUGAUGCAACACUUACAUACCCAGCCACAGAGGCAAGAGCCGGAACCAAUCGAAAUGCCCCCUAGCAAGCCGAAACAUGUCCAUUCAAGAUCGGUUCCAGCAUCGCCAAGCAGUAUGCAUCACCAGAGCCAUAGAUCUUCGUUGUCAAGCGCCUCACUGCCAACAUCGGCAUCAAAAUCUGUGAAAGUCCCAACACUGCCUCACCUAAAUCACCAAGGUUCACAUUCAGGGUUACCUCCCUUGGUAAUACCUCCCCAGGGUUCGUUAUCAUCGUCUUCAGUGGGUCACAUGUCUCAACCAACCACGCCCACCAGCGGAGGUCUUGGACCAAUGAGAAGGCGCGUCUCGGACAAGUGCAAUCUCCCAAUUUCAGCAGGUGGGAGUUGCUACCAUGAAAUCCAAAGAAAUCGAGAAUUUUACAAGAGCACAGAUGUUAGACCCCCUUUUACCUACGCCUCAUUAAUUAGACAGGCGAUAAUCGAAUCAGAGAAUAAACAGCUGACGUUGAAUGAGGUGUACCAGUGGUUUCAGAACACCUUUGCAUACUUCCGCAGGAACGAGGCAACCUGGAAGAAUGCUGUUCGUCACAACCUGAGUCUUCACAAGUGUUUUAUGCGGGUGGAGAACGUGAAAGGCGCAGUGUGGACGGUCGAUGAGAUGGAAUUUUACAAACGGAGACCACAGAAACUCACAGGGGGUGUGUCGAGCAACGUUUCGUACUCUGCAGACAACUCCGUGCUCUACAAUGAUACCAUCAACGCAAGUAUUCGGGCGGCGAUAGAGCAGACGAGUGCCCUAGUAUCGCAGCAUAAUGGCUCGUUAGGGGACGGUGUCGAGGAUUUAUCGAUGAAAAGUUACAACAACAGUAACAUGAGCUCCCCGAUUAAAUCCGACUCACCUGGCAGGGAAGAUGUAUUUUACACAAGAAACAAUGGCUAUAUGUUUCAAAAUGGGGAGAUCAUAGAUCACCAAUCGCCCGAGAGCUUGGGCUCAAACCAGGGUCUUGACUUGAGCCCAAAAUCUAGUCUCCAUGGAAGCCCAACAUCUUAUUCUGCAAGUCAGCAGUUCCAACAUGGGAACCAAGAACAUGAUUCAUCUUCCCCUGUUCAAAACCGGUUUAACAUUCAAUCGAUUAAAAAAGAACAUUGUUCUACAAUGGAGUGUGACUCACCUGGGGAUAAUCAAGCGGGCUGUAUGCAAAUGAGUGCUAAAAUCGACCAAUCAAACCAGCAGGAAGAGGCUUUGAAUAUGAAAAUUGAAAGCAAGGAAACCCAAAAUGGCGUGAAUGAUGAAAUGAUAUCAAAUUCAGAGAAUACGGAUCUCAAUUCUGGGAAAAGUUCCCAAAGGAAUUCCCCCGUGGAACCAAAAGACUAUGACAUACCCGUGACAUACCUUCUUAAUAAUACAAUGACCGCUGUUACACAUUCCUAGUUUUUAAUAGAUAUUUCAUCUAUCUAUACAUAAUAAUAUAGGUCCCAUUGUACAUUUAUCUCCUAGAGAUUUUUUAUCUAUAUUUUUUUCUCUCGUGACGAACGUGCUGUUAAUGGCAAUGUUAAUAUACAUAUUCAUUGAACAUAUUUUGUUAAAAUGUGCUAUUUUUAUGAUGUCUCAUUAUAUUUUGUAAGAUAAAAGUUGAACUUUUGUCUAAUUGUUAUAUUUGUGAAUAAUUAAUGAAUGAAUUAAUUAAUAAUUGUACAGUUUGUAACUUUAAAGUAGAAUUAGAUACUUACAACACAUACUUACUUACAAUUAUAUAAACAGAUUUUUAACGUCAGAAACACAUGUUAAACUAUAAUGCUAAUUAUGCGUGUACUGAUAAAAUAUUAUUUUUGCUCAAAGUGCAUGUAGAAAGAAUGAUUGAUGAUUGAGUAUUCUUUAUAAUGCAAUGAUUAUCAUUUUAUUGGUUUGUCUGUUUUAAAAAGGAAAAGUCCAGGGGCCGUAUUCAAUACACAACUUAGAUUGAACUGAAAUUUAAUGUUUGAAACUGAGUGUUUUGAUUGGCCUGUAUAUUUAGCUGACCAAUGGGCUGAUUUGAAUCAAUGAGGCAUUUCUAAGGAUAAGGAUAAGAACAAUAUUGAAUACUGGCCCAGGGAAUGUAUUCAAUAUGCAACUUUAGUCAAUCUUAUGGUCAUACAUGAUUGACUUCAUUCACUCUAUUGGUCAGUUAUAAAUAGCAAGUAAUCCGAUUAGCUACAUCGUUCUUAGAUCCAGUUAAGACCAAUAUGGAAUACAAGCCCUGGUAACAAUAUCAUAAACAUUUUUUUAGUCAAAUCUCAAUCUCAGUCUCAACUCAUUUUACCACAUAGCAUCAAAAGUUAUUAAAAAUAAGAUAUGAUUUUACACCUUUGAAAAGGCAUUCUAUCAUAUAAUAUGUUGAUUUAUGUCUUUGGUCAAGAUUCCAAGGGAAAUGUAUUCUACAGCCAAAAAUGUAUUUGAGUACAAUUUCUUUCUUUUUAACAAUUACUCAAGCUUAUUUUUGCUCUGGAAUUAAGUUUCUUUGAAAUAUUGUCAAAAUCUAUUUAUCAACACAAUGAGAAAAUAUGUUUUAAAAAAGUAUAAAAACAUAAAAGAUUUUAAUUCAUACGAUGCUUUUAUGUGUUAAAUUGAUAUUGAGAUUUAGAUUUGAUUUAAGUAUUUUCGUGAUAUUGGGGCCAGGUUUUGUCAUAAACAGGGCAUUGCGUCGGCUUCAUUGUGCAGACAUUUUAACCUUUGCCAUAACUCAGAAUGGCUCAAGAUAUUCAAAUGAAACUUGGUACACAUGUUGGCUGAGACAAUACACACAUGUAUAGCAAGGGGCAUAACUCUGACUUAAAUGAUUUUUUAGUUACGCCCCUUUUUAAAUGAGAAAGAACAGAUAAGUAUUGGGGUUUGUUCCAAGGGAGUCUUGUUACUUAAUUACCUUCUUCACAAGAAAUAAUUAUAUGGCUUUUUUUUGGGUGGAGUAUUGUGAUGAAAUUGAAUUAGUUUUAAUGGAUUUUUUUCAAAGCUAGCAUCUAGCUCUAAUUUUUUUUUAAGAAAUAAUUAUAAGGCUAUUUUGGAAGAAAUAAUGCACCAAUCAAUUGUUACCACGGACACCCCCCCCCCCCAGGUCCGGGGGCAUACCGGGGAUAGUCGUGGAAAUGGGCCGUGUUUUCACUUUCCAGGUGGCCCUGCAGUGCCGGGUGACUGCAUUGGUUUUGUCUUCACGCCAAAUUUAGCGGGAAAUUGGCCUUAUCUAGGGUCCCUUGGGUGCGGGGGCAUUUGGCGGGGGUUUUACCAGCAGAUAGUCCCUGCAGGGCGGAGACUUUGCCCAGGCUUGGCUGGACCGAAAGUCAAAGUCCCCGCUAUUCCCCGGACCUGGGGGGGCCGUGGUUACAAAUGACUGGUGCAUAAUUGUGAUGAAAUUGAAUCGGUUUUGAUGGAUUUUUUUUCAAAGCUAGCAUCUAGCUGUAAUUUUUUUUUUUUAAUUUUUUAAUGAAAACUUUCAUUAUUUUAUUCUUGGCAUUAAUGCCUUAAAAAAUAUUCUCUAGCGUGUGUAAGCGUGUAUGAAUUUCAGAAAUCAAAAAAUUUACAGGAUAAAUUUGGAAUUCAGGGAUCGUACAUUAUUUUGAGGUUUAGAGCAAAAUCGAUUAAACUUUUGAGAAAAAUUAAUCGAUUUUGCUUUUAUUCUCAAAAAUCAUAUUUUCAGGUAGUUCUUGGAUUUAUUUUUAAGUUAUCAAAUGACAUGUAUAUUUGUUUUAUUUUUGUUUUAUUAGCUGAUGUUGAAUUUAAAAACAUAAAAUUGUCAUCAAAUUUAUGGAAUUAUUUUGAGUUUGUCAGCUGUCAGAUGCACUGGGUCAUUUCAUAAUGCUCAUGACAUAAUUAAAGGGUAAAAUUUAGUUUAGUUUUUUCAUACAAUCAUGAUUUUUUAAGCCCAUAUAUAUUUCAUUAACCUUUUCUCUUUUUUUUUUUAUAGAUAUCCAUACUGUUAAAAUGGAAAAGGUUGUUUCGCACUAUUAGUUAUUUCAUGCAUGAAUAUUCAUUAAAAUCAUUAAAAAAUGAAAACAUUUAACCAAGAUUUAUGCUAAUAAAAAAUAUCAUUUAUUUUAAUAUCCCAAAUUUCCCAUAAUUACAAUUUGUGAUAAAUUCUAAAGUUAAGUCGACCUUAUUUAGAUUAAAAUUUUGUUAAAUCUGUUAAUAUGAAGAAGUUAUAAUCUGACCGUUGAUCAGGACUUUUAAAAGUCAAGGGUUUAUUCACCUCAAAUUUUGCCUUACUUAUUUUGUGGUUAAAUCAAUGCUAUUUUUACCAUAUAAAUGUGUUUACUUCGUUUAACAAACCACACAUUUUUGGUAAACAUGUAAGCAAAAAGAAAAUGAAAUAUUUAGUCAUACGUAGUUAAGCCCAAAUAUAAAUAAAAUAUACUUAAGUCAAUUCUCAAUCUCAAACACCACUCAUUUGACCAAAUAUUAGCAUAAGAUUGUAAGAAUUGAACAUUUUCACUCAAAAUUAUACCAUUUUCUCAGAUAAAUUAAGAUUUUAUUUAAAUCACUGAUACUGGUUUAAUGAUACAUAAUCAACGUGUAUAAGUCAUUUAAUAUACCUUAGUACCUCAUUUUUUUGUUACCUCACUGAAUUUAAGGUAUGAAAUUUUGUUGAUUUUUGUAUAUGCAGCUGACAAUAUUUCCCCUGUCCAUCAUUUUUUUGCGUAGCCGUUUUUUUAAGAAAAAAAUUGAAGUUUUGUCAUUGUCUUGGCAUCGUGCAAAAGCUUUAUCUUCGGCCAUAAGCCGUAAAAAAAAAAAAAAAAAAACUGUUUCCAAUAACCUGACCGACCCUACUUUUCUUCCCGACUGACACCUUUUUUUGCCGUAAUGUGAAUUUUUGUUUGUAAUUUCCUGAAAAAAUGUGAUUUUUUUUAAGUAAACAUUUUCAAUUCGACCAUUUUAUAUAUAAAACUUUCUACAAUAUUGAUUUACCCUGAUAUAGAUCGGUUUGGUACAGAAUCUAGGUUCUUAAAAAAAAAAAGUUAUGUCUACCUACCUACCCUUAUUUUUUGGAGAUAUAAGUUGAAACAAAGAACUAUUUUUUGGCCUUACUCAAAAACGGUUCAAGAUAUUCACAUUAACCUUGGGACACAACGUGUUAUUAUAAGUCAUUGAUUGACUUUCGGUGCUCUUGUUAGAAUAAAGUAAAUAAAAUAAAUAUUUUUUUAUUUUUUUUAUAAUAGGAAUUGGGGAGUCUUAAAGCUGCUUACAAAUAUUUUAACAAAAUCUCACUGCACAAAAACAUUCGUUUUAAAGCUGCACUCUCACAGAUUGAAUGUUUGUUUUUUCAACUUUUUAUUAUUUUUUUUUUGUCUUGGAAUGAGCCAAUUUAUGCGGAAAUAUCUAUUAAGACUGCUGACAAAAAAUUAGAACGCCGAUUUUUAUAUUUGAAUUCAGUAAUUGAUGUUUUAUGCAUUUUCUUAAAUCAUUUGAAACACUUUUAGCCAUAAAAUAUUACUUCUCGAAUGGAAAUAAUAUGAAAAUCUGCGAUCUGAUCUUUUGUCAGCAGUCUUUUAUCACUGGGUUGCAGAUAUUUACGCAAAAAAUGGCUCAUUCCAAGACAAAAAAAAAAAAAAAAAGAAGUUGUAAAAAUGGUAAAUCUGCAGCUUUAAAAAGGUGUUGUUAUCUACUUCAUUGUCAUAACAACGGUCAUCAUUUUCAAGACGAGGUAAGUUUUGAAGAAAUGAUGACCAGCUUUAUUUUCACAUGCAUUGCUUCACCUGUUUUCAUAGUUCAUAAACAUAAAUAAAAAUUACCCCUUCCACACGCAGAAAUGAAUGUUAAGAAAGAAAACAAAGUAUAUGUCUUCAAAUAUUAACACAAGUUGUAUGACACUUUUGCACAAGAAUGAAAUACAUUGAAAAUCUUUCUAUAUAUGGCUUCAUUUAAGAUACAAUUCAUGGACUUGUCUAACUAUUUCAGUUUUUAAGAAAUAUUUUUUUAUAAAUGAUAGCAAAAUUGCAGAGAAAAAAAUAAUCUCCACGACCCGGAAUCGUUCAAUUAUUGUUCCAUUGCGAAACUGUUAGACCACUACUCCUGGUCUGAUUCCCAACUUCAGUUGCUAAUUUUUCAGUGAGAUUUUUCUAUGGAUUUUUCCUGCAAUUUGUUUCCUCAUUUAUUUAAAUAUAUAUAUAAAUAUAUAAUAUAUAUAUAAAUUUAUAUAUAUUCCAUGCUUACAUUAUUUAUCAUUUACAACUUUUCUUUUCAAGUCAGUGACCAAUAAAAUAAAAAUAUUUGUUCUGCUGGUAAAAUUGACUACUGUGUUUAAGUCUUAAAAAAGCCUUAAUGUUACAUCAUAAAAAUUAUUGCUAUAUCAGGGGAAAAAAACUUUGCAUCAUAAUAAUGAUUACAGUUAAUAAGGGAAAAACAAUGUCAAGUUACAUCAUAUAAAAUCAUUACUGUACAUCAGUGAAAAAAACUUUCCAUCAUAUAAUUGAUUACCGUAUAUAAGGGAAAAAAUACCUAAGAUUCAUCAUUAAAAUGAUUACCGUAUAUAAGGGAAAAAAUAACUAAGUUGCAUCAUAAAAAUGAUUACCGUAUAUAAAGGAAAAAACCCUUCAAGUUACAUCAUAUUACAUAACUGCUUUUGUUUUGUAUUUCAUAGCUUGGUAUUGCUAUAAAUUUUGUAAUUUGAACUGAUUUGCAAUAAUUGAAUAAAUGUCAUAAUAGCUACAUUGUGAGCAGUUAAGUUUUUAUUGUGAACAGUUUAUGUUAUUUUGUGAACAUUUAAGAAUGUAUUGUGAACAGAUUAGGUUAUUUUGUGAACAUUUUAGGGUAUAUUGUUUACAGUUGCAUUGUGAACAAUUUAGAUUAUUUUGUGAACAGUUUAUAGAUGCAUUGUGAACAGUUUAGGUUAUUUUGUGAACAGUUUAUAGAUGCAUUGUGAACAGUUUAGGUUCUUUUGUGAACAGUUUAUAGAUGCAUUGGGAACAGUUUAGUUUUUUUUCUAUGUAAUUGUGCUUAGUUGCUUCACAUUACAAUACGGCAUAAUAUUUUUUACCAUUUUCUUUGUUACCGAAAUAUGCAUUCAAUGUUCAUUGUGUAUUUGGUCAGGUUAUUCAUGCAAUUGUAAAUUGUACAUUAUUUCAGUUCAGAAAAAUAAUCAAAAGAUUGCACAAUCAAAUGGUAGACAACUCUUACAUGAACUUUCAUCCAAUGGUAUAUCUUCAUUAUCUCCCUUGGAGUUCAAUUCUAAGUUUUAAACUUUUAAAAGUGUUUCCAUUCUAAUGUGGGAUUUUUUGAUAAAUAAUAAAUUCAUUUUUUUUAAAGAUAUAAUGUAAUAUUACAUAUGUUUUUAUGCUUAUAAAAUGAAAAGAAUGUUGUUUAAAUAAAAUAAAUUAUGUUAGUCAUAUUUGUUUCAUGAUAAAAGGUAUUUUUCUUACAGGGUUCAGACUAAAAUCAACACAGGAAGAAAUCUUAAUAAUUAAAAAAUAUAUUAAUUAUCUUAUAUUGUAAUACAAAUAUUCACAAAACAAAUCCAUUUCAUAUUGUCUAUCUCUCUAGUCAUUUCUGUCCUGUUAAACUAUUUUUACUUCAUUUUUUUGUUGAAGACUUUGUUCGAAUAUCUUUAGUCAAAUCAGAUCUGUUGUAUUUUUCAAUUUUUACCAUUGUUAUUGUUAUUUUCUUGAAUUUAUCACAUUUUGAAAUAUUGGGUCGAUGUUUAGAUCUUUGUUGGAGUUAACAACGUUGUUAACGUCAUCGUUGUUAACUUUUCAAAUCGUUAAUGCUCUGGAAGUUUAAUGGAUACACUUGUCAUCUGCUGUAUUUCUAACAAGAUUUCUGGCAACUGUUUGAGUUGUAUUUGUUUAUAUUUAAAUAUUUCAGCUCAUCAUCAAAUAUUUCAUGUUUAAAAAUUAACAACGAUGUUGCUUAUCAUGUUGUUAACAUUAACAAAGUUCUGAACAAUCAGCCCAUUUGCACAUUAUACUUAAUUCAACCAUUCUCAUUUUUGUCGAAUUUUGAUGAAAUUUGUCAAUGUUGUGACUUCCCUUCAUUUUACCAAAUGAUAAAAGCAAAAAUAGUGCUUUGUCUUAAAUGUUGAAUUGACAUUAUUUUUAAACUUAUUUUUUUAGUUUUAGUACUUAACCUAGUACUAAUUGUAUUCUUUAUGUUACUUGCAAUGUAGAUUAAAGGGAUUUAUUAUGUACAUGUUAUAAACAUAGUUUUGGAUAUUUGCCACGCUAUAUUUUUAUUCUUAAAUGAUUGAUAUAAAUAAGUCUCGUUCAUUUCUUAAAAGAUUUAUCAACUCUUUAGUGCUCUUUGAAGGUUAGGGUGUGUUAUACUAAUUUUCAUAUUUUAAGCUAUUCUGUUUUUUCAUGGCCUUGGUGUCGUUGGUGGUGUUGUAGUCAUCAUUGUCACCAUUAAUCUCGGCCAUUAUAAAUACAGUCGAACCUCAUUGGCUCGAACUUAAUUGGCUCGAAUUCUUCGUUGGCUCGAAUUCUUCGUUGGCUCGAACUAGAUGUAAAGGACCGAUUUCUUUAUACUGGAGGUAAACAAUUCCGCUUGGUUGGAAUUUUCAAAGCCUUUCAAAGGCUCGAUGUAUUUUCACCAGUUCCUGUGAGGUUGAGCUAAUGGGGUUUUGACUGUAUAGCUAAAAAAACUACAUGAAAUGAAAAACCCAGAUAAACCUCGCCAUUGGCUCUGAGAUGCUUUCGUAUUGAAAAAUGUUCGUUAAGCGGCAUGUCACAAAACUAUAGUGUAAUCAAAAGCACCCUAUUUAAAGGUUGUACAUUUGCUUUUUAUGAAAUUUGGUAUAAAGGUUCAUUUAUCAUUUUUGGGCCUAAUAUAUCUUAUUAAGUCCUCCUCAGGAAGUGUCAACAAGAAAUCUUCAGGUGUUGUUUUAGGAUUUGUUGUGAUCAUAACGUUACCAUGGCAAAACAAUUUAGCAGAUUUUCAUUUUAUUAUUUAAUUUUCAUGAUUUAUUCUUAAAUUAUUUUCAUACAAUGUACAAGUGGGAUGUCUGCAAGUGUUAAAGAGAUAUUUAAGAGUGAAUAUACAUACUUUAUGUAUGAAGGAUGACAUGUACAUGAACAGAUUUAUGUUUCAUACUUAAAAAUGUAAAAUGUUAAUCAUGAAAUCAUAUCAAAGCAAUGUCUUUGAACUGUGACGGCGUUAUAUACAUGUAUGUACAUGAGCACUGUCAUGUAUGAUAACCUUAUUUAUGAACUCAUAUCGAAGCAUCCCUUUGAAUUAUGACAUACGUGGAAUAAACCAAUUCCCAGAGAAGAUAAA